AUGGGGAGCCGGCGGGCGCGACGCACGCCUCAGACACCUGGGAGAACACCUACUCGCCGGGCCGCGUCGCCGCCAGCCAAAACGCCGCAGACUGUGCGCCGCCGCAUCAAGCAGCGCCUGGCAAAGCUGCAGCAGGAGGAGAUCGCCGUGUCGGACGACGACAGCGACUUCUCGCCGCUGGAGGAGUCCUCGGACAGCAGUGAAGAGGAUGAGCCGGAAGCCGCCGGAGACCGGGAGAGCGGGUCAGACGAGGACAAGGACGCCGAGGAGGAGGAGGAGCCGCGGCAGCGUUCAGAGGCGACUUACUUCGCUCUGCACAGCGCGCGCGGCGUCACCUCGAACCACACGCUGAGCCGGUUGGCCGAACCGCGCCUCAGCCACGCCGCGCUGCAGACGCUGCUGGGCGAGCGGCCAGCUGACCACGCGGCCGAGCGUGCCGCGCUGCUCGGUGACGUUGAGCUGCUGUUCCCGCACUGGCUGGUCGCGCUUGGCCACGGCUUCAACGUGCUGCUCCACGGGCUCGGCAGUAAGCGGGCCGUGCUGGAACGACUGCGUCUGACACAGCUGCAGCACCGGCUGCACGUGGUGGUGAACGGCUUCCACCCGAGCGUGACGCCGCGCCAGCUGCUGCAGACGUUGCUGGAGGACGUACUGGAGGUGGCGGCGCCGCCCGGCCGGCCCGAGGCACAGGCCGAGGCGGUGUUGCGCCGCUUCUCGGGGUCGGGCGACGCGCGCCUCUUCCUGCUGGUGAACAGCAUGGACGGGCCGAUGAUGCGGGGCGAGCGCAUGCAGCAGCUGUUGGCGCGGCUGGCGCAGGCACCGCGCGUCCACCUGGUCGCCUCGGUCGACCACAUCAACGCGCCGCUGAUCUGGGACCAGCACAAGCUGGCCCAGUUCAACUUCAUCUGGUUUGACGCGACGACGCUACUGCCGUACACUGAGGAGACGUCGUACGAGAACUCUCUGCUGGUAAGGCAGACAGCCGACCUGGCGCUCUCUUCCCUGCGCCACGUCUUCAAGUCUCUCACGCCAAACGCUCGCGGCAUCUUCAUACUGCUCGCCAAGCACCAGCUGGAGAACGCUGAUGACCGGACGUUCGAGGGCCUGCCGCUGUCGGAGCUGUACCGCCGCUGCCGCGAGCAGUUUCUAGUCAGCUCGCAGGUGGCGCUGCGCGCACAGCUGACCGAGUUCCGCGACCACAAGCUCAUCCGGUCACGCGCCACCCACGACGGCGUGGAGCAGCUGACCGUCCCGCUCGAGGCGCCGCUCAUCGCGGAGUUCCUGGCCGGCUGCGACGACAGCUGACCGC